UCGUACUGAUGUUAUUUAAGCAGCUAGCUAGCCACGCGUGCUUUCUUGUGAUUCCCUUUCUCCUUCCUUAAAGCCUCUCUCUCAAUAACUACUCUGCCUCAGCCUCUUCCCCUCUGUCUCCCCAGCCCAGCCUUCUUCUCUUCUCUUCUCUUUCCACACCCAACCAAUUCCCUUCUCUUCUAGUUUAGUUUAGUUUCCUUUCCUUGAAUCAUCUAAGAACGUACGAUCGAUGGCAACUACAUGUAACCUACCUUGAAUCGCCUCAAGCUGAGUUUCAAAAGAUAUAUUCUUCUUUUUCCUCCGAGAGGUACUAGCCGAGAAAAAAAGAAUACAUACUUGUACUUGUCAUCUCUGAUGAUGAGAUAUACAUAGGCCUAUGUACGUGAUCCGCUCAGAUUCUAUCCGAAACGAGUAAAUUGAUGGCGUCAACUGUGAUCUCGAAUCCUAUAACUAACUCAAACAGAGCAACCUCGAGGAAAAAGAAGAAAGCACUGCAAUCCACGAGUAGAGACCAAUCUCAGAAUCCAAACGGCGCCACGACGCAGUGGAAAUCCGAUUCGCAACAAGCAGCGUACUCUUCCAAACUCCUCCACGCUCUCCGUCAAGUACGCCCAAGCCCGGCCCCGCGCCGGGCGCGGGGCCGAGCAGUGCGUGAAGCCGCUGAUAGAGUCUUAGCCGUGACGGCCAAGGGACGGACCAGGUGGAGCCGCGCCAUAUUGACCAACAGGCUAAAGCUCAAGUUCAUGAAGAACAACAGGAGGCAGAGAGUGGCGGCAACGGCGGUGAGCCGGUCGAAGAAGCCGAGAGUGAGUGUCUUGCGAUUGAGAUGUAAGAAUCUACCGGCUGUGCAGAGAAAGGCUAGAGUUCUUGGCCGGUUGGUUCCCGGUUGCAAGAAAGAGCCGUUACCAGUGAUUCUAGAAGAGGCGACGGAUUAUAUCGCUGCUCUUGAGAUGCAGGUUAGAGCCAUGAGUGCACUAGCUGAGCUGCUGUCGAUCUCCGGCUCCUGCUCUAGCGGCUCCAGUUGAUUGCAUCGUGGCGCUCCUAUUCUCUGAAUUAUCUUCUUUUUGUUUUUUACAUUUGUUUUCGUUUUACUAUUAUGUUUCCCCUCCUCUCGUCUCUGUUUCUUGGGAAUAUUUCUCUGUUAAUACAAUUCCUUUAGAUCA